CUACUCACAGUAACCUCAACUCCUGCCACAAUGUACAAAAUGCAACUCUUGUCUUGCAUCGCACUAUCUCUUGUACUUGUCGCAAACAGUGCACCUACUACUUCGUCUACGAAGGAAACACAGCAACAGUUGGAGCAAUUGCUGCUGGAUUUACGGUUGCUCUUGAAUGGAGUUAAUAAUUAUGAGGACCCUAAACUCUCCAGGAUGCUCACAUUUAAAUUCUACACGCCCAAGAAGGCCACAGAAUUGACACAUCUUCAAUGUCUAGCAGAAGAACUCAAACUUCUGGAGGAAGUGCUAUAUUUAGCUCAAAGCAAAAACUUUCACUUGACAGACAUCAAGGAAUUAAUGAGCAAUAUCAAUGUAACACUUCUGAAACUAAAGGGAUCUGAAACAAGAUUCAAAUGUGAAUAUGAUGACGAGACAGCAACCAUUACAGAAUUUCUGAACAAAUGGAUUACUUUUUGUCAAAGCAUCUUCUCAACACUGACUUGA